AUGACUGUCUUCGCCGAAGAACCGCUCGACUCACCUGCAGGUUAUCUUCCAGGCUAUCCUGGUAUGAUUUUACAGUUCGGAAAAUGGACAAUCAUUCGCAAACUAGGGUGGGGAGAACGAUCUUCCGUUUGGCUCGUCCAUAACACAUCCCAACCACUUGAAUUCCGUGCGAUCAAGGUUUUGACCGUCACCGAGUCCAAAGGCGCAACAGCGUUGAACGAACUUCGGAUCCAACGCUUGAUGGAAGUCAGAACUGCUGAGGUCGACAUAGUCAGGCUCCAAGAUUCCUUCCAAGAAGGUGAUCAUCUAUGCCUCGUCUUCGAUCCGCAUGGAAUCACCGUUGAGCAACUGCGGAAAUCCAAUGUUGACGGUGGAUACCUAGCCGUCCAUUUGGCAAAGCAGAUUGCUUCCUGGACGCUGGCGGCUUUGUUAUCGUUUCAGGAGCCCAAUUUGGUCCAUGGAGCCAUUGCCGCUGACCACAUUGUUAUAGGAGAACUCGAUCAAGAAUACAUCGCAGCGGCAGUUGAAUACCUGACAUCAAACGGCGUAUCGUAUCCGUUGGUCAAAUCCCAGCCUAUCGACCCCAAAGGUUGGUAUACGACAUGGAACGAGGCGGCUACAGACUUUGCUGGAAAAUCCCUCUAUCUCCUCAAUAUGGGGCACACUACUCAGAACUCCGAUGUAUCGAAAACGAUGACAUCAUCAAAGAGUGUCCCGCUCGCUCCAGAGGUGCUUCGUGGGCAGUCUGUGGGCCCAGGCUCAGAUGUCUGGCAACUUGGCUGGAUGACCUUCUGCCUCAUAUCUGGAAAGCCACUUCUGGAUCAGGAAUCCUACACCAAAUCACCGAUCGAAAGCCUAAACCGAUCCCUGGAAGCUCCGGGCCUGGAAAACCGUCUUUUGCAUAAUACAACUCUCGCCAAGGAGGACUUGGAGGCCACUGCAUCACUUUUACGCUCGCUCUUGGCUGCUGAUCCCUUGCUAAGGCCCAGUCCCAACGACCUGCUCGAGAUCAAGUGGAUGCAACAAGGUGAUAUAUGCACGUGUGGGUGGUGCCAAGCCGACAUGGACGUUGUCGAGAAUUAG